CCAUCAUUUUUUAACCCCAUUUCGUGUAUGUUUACUAAGUUAGUAAUACUAACAUAUCCAUAUUCGUUUGUGUUUUAACCCCAUACCCUAAAAUUCUAUUCAAACCCUAACUCUAUUCAAGCCCUAUUAGCACCAUCAAAACCCGUUGUCCAAAAAACACAAACCAAAUAUAUAGAUGUUCAUUAUAAUGCUUGUGUCUUAUAUGGAAUUCGCCUUUCAAUAAUAUAGGGUUAGCAUAUUUUGAAAUCAUUGGUUCUCAAUGUUAUUGACCUUUUAAACAACAAAUAAUAUUUAACACAUUUUAAUAUUAAUAUUUAUCAAAGUUGGUAUAUAAAUAUAAAACAUAAUAAAUAGAAACUCACAAAUUUUCGGAUUCAAAACAAAUAAAUUCCAAGAAUAUUCUCUAUAACAUCCAUUUUCGUAAUUGCUAAAUACAAUAAAUUCAAAAGAUAAUAUAUAGAAAUAAAAAGUUUUGAUUUAACUAAAUUAACUUGAUGACUACGCAUAGAAUAUAUUCUGUUUGACAUGUUAACUGAAAUUAUAUUAGUAAUAAAUAGAAACUCAUAAAUUUUCGGAUUCAAAAUAAAUUAAUUCCAAGAAUAUUCUCUAUAACAUCCAUUUUUGUAACUGAAUUUAUAUUAGUUGCCAUAUAUUAUGUUUGACAUGGUAAUUGAAUUUAUAUUAGUUACCAUAUAUUCUGUAAAUCAUAUUAAAUGUAUUUAGUGAUUAGUUUCAUAAAAUAAAAACUGACUAUAAAAAAUAUAAAAUCUAUUAAAAUAUAGAUUAAACAAAUAUUUAUUAAUUUAAAUAACAUUUUAAAAAGAAACGAUCCCGUGCUUUGAAAGCGCGGAUCAAAAUCUAGUAAUUUCAUUAAACCGAUUGCCUAACUAAAGUUAAUGAUUAAACAAAAAAAUUUGGUGAAAUGAUUAAAUAAGAGUUUUAGGUGAUUUGUAUUAAAAUGACAAAUUCACUAUUAUUCAAACAUAAAUUUUAAAAACUUAUUUAAAAUCCACUGUUAUUAAAUUUAACAUUUCGUAGAAUACUUUAAAAUUCACUUUUAUUGAAAAUAUUUUAAGUUGUGGACUUCGGUAAUUUUAUGAUGUUUGGGUGGAGUUUCUUAGUUAAAAAUAAAAUAAAAUUCAAAUCAUAUGGUUUUAGGUUAUAUUCUAGAAUGGUUUAACAAAAAUCACAUAAAUCUCUACAACUUAUUGAAAUCAAUUAAAACUUCGUUAAAAAUCAAAUCAGCUCAAGUGUUAUAUUGAAUACAUCCCCUUUAAUUGAAUGAUGACUAAAUAUUAAAUAUUAAAGAUAAUGAGAAUAAAAAGCAUGUGAUUUGUUUUAUAAAUUAAUGGUUUAUAAAGAAGUUUUAACGUAAUGCAAAUAAAACCAUUCAUUAAAUUGUAAAAUUCUGGUUAGUUAGAUAAUUUUUUUGUGAAGUUAACUUUUGUUUUCAUAGUAGUUGUACUUAUUCUAAAAUUUUGUAAUAGAAUCAUAAAUUGUCUGAUAAAAUAACAUAGGAUUUUGGUUUUAGAAUAUUAGUCCGGCCGAAAAAACUACCAAUGAAAAACCUACAGAUUUUUGAACACUGAAAACGUAUCUUUUAUGAUUUUAAAAUUCCAAGAACGAAACAUCUCCCCUUAUUACAAAAAAAAACUAAAAGAAACAGAUAAUAUAAUAGAACAUGACUUUAUAAUAAAAUAAAAUAUAGAUAAAUACCUAUAUUUAAGUUAACAUAAAUAGCAGAUUGUUGCCUUUGCAUACCCUAUAUCCUCUUCCUUUUUUUUCUCUUUAUAUCUGUGAAGAAGAAGAAGGCACAUGAAGUUUUAGAAGAAGAAAAAAAAACAGUCUUCUUUCAACUUUUAGGUAGUAGGAAUUAAUUAAAGAGAGAGAGAAAUAUUUGCACAGAGUCAUUAAGAGGUUCUAACGAAUUACCCACAAUCUAGGAAACCCUGUUUGAAAUUCAAUUCAAUUCAUUCAUCUUUCUUUUUGCCGUGUGGUUGAUUUUUCCCGGGAAAAUUGGUGUAUCAUCUGUUUCCUGCGAAAAUCUGUCGACUUUUCACUUUUGUUCCAUUAAAGCUCAAAGCUUUACGAUUCCAACAAUGGAGGAAGUUUCUCCGGCGGUUGCUAUGCCUUUCAUGCCAUUCCCCGAGACCCCCCAGAUGGAGCUUGCAGGGAUCAUGCUGGGUAAAGGCUACUGCAACGGCCAAUACUCAUCUCAAGAUUCCGACAACGGCGAAGAGACUUCUUCGUGUUCUGUUUCUGGAGCUCAACCUAGGAUAGUUUCUUCGUCGUCAGACAAAGUCGCCGGAGAAGGGAUCAACGGCUCGGACGAGAGAUCGACGGUUCAGAGCGAGAAGAAGAUGAUCAGCAGGACGGAGAGCAGGAGCCUGUUCGAGUUCAAGAGUGUGCCUUUGUACGGUUUUACUUCGAUCUGUGGGAGAAGACCGGAGAUGGAAGAUGCUGUCUCCGCGAUACCUAGGUUCCUUCAAUCUCCGACCAAUUCGCUGGUGGAUGGUCGGUUCAAUCCUCAGUCAACCGCUCAUUUCUUCGGUGUCUACGACGGCCACGGCGGUUCUCAGGUAGCGGACUAUUGUAGAGAGAGGAUGCAUCUGGCUUUAGCUGAGGAGAUAGCCAGGGAGAAUCCGAUGCUCUGCGAUGGCGACACGUGGCAGGAGAAGUGGAAGAGGGCUUUGUUCAACUCGUUCCUCCGCGUUGACUCGGAGAUCGAGUCGGUGGCCCCGGAGACUGUUGGGUCAACCUCGGUGGUCGCUGUCGUUUUCCCGACUCAUAUCUUCGUCGCGAAUUGCGGCGACUCCAGAGCCGUUCUUUGCCGUGGCAAAACUGCCCUUCCUUUGUCCACUGACCACAAACCGGAUAGAGAAGAUGAAGCGGAGAGGAUUGAAGCAGCCGGGGGGAAAGUUAUCAGGUGGAACGGAGCUCGUGUCUUUGGUGUUCUCGCCAUGUCAAGAUCCAUUGGCGAUAGAUACUUGAAACCGUCGAUCAUUCCUGAUCCGGAAGUGACGGCUGUGAGGAGAGUUAAAGAAGAUGACUGUCUGAUACUAGCGAGUGACGGUGUUUGGGAUGUAAUGACGGAUGAGGAAGCGUGCGAGAUGGCGCGGAAGCGGAUUCUCUUGUGGCACAAGAAGAACGCAAUGGCUGGAGAUGCGUCGUUGCUCACGAAUGAGAGGAGAGGAGAAGGGAAAGAUCCGGCCGCAAUGUCGGCAGCUGAGUACUUGUCAAAACUGGCGUUACAGAGAGGGAGCAAAGACAACAUCACUGUGGUGGUGGUUGAUUUGAAGCCUCAGAGGAAAUUCAAGAGCAAACCCUUGAAUUGAAGCAGAUGGUCCUUGUUCUUCUCUUUUUUAAUCACUGAAUAUGGGUCUCUCACAUUAUAAUUUGUGUUUUCUUUUUAAAAUUAAUUUUUAACUAACAUUAUAAAUUUACAAGCAUAUGAUAUAAUGUAGCUUAAAGUGUUAAGCUCUUAUUCGUAGCAUAUCCUAAAAGCCCCUUGUAUUUUUCUUCCCGGGCUAAUUGUAAUAUGGUUUUACAAACUUACAAUAUACAUUAUUGUUUAUCCAAA